AUUUCUUCCCCUGCUGCGCUCCUCUUUGCCAGUCCUUUCUCUUCUCACCAUCCCACUCUAAAUAUCUCCAAAGGUCCAACAGACUCAUACCGCCAUCAUGCUUAUCUACAACGACAUCCUCAACGGUGACGAGCUCAUCUCCGACUCCUACGACCUCAAGGAGGUUGAUGGCAUCGUCUACGAGGCCGACUGUGCCAUGAUCGAGGAGGGUGCUGUCGAAGUUAACAUCGGUGCCAACGCUUCCGCCGAGGAGGCUGCUGAGGAUCUCGACGACGGCGCGGUCAAGGUCAACAACAUUGUCAACUCCUUCCGUCUCCAGAGCACCACCUUUGACAAGAAGAGCUACCUGGCUUACCUCAAGGGCUACAUGAAGGCCAUCAAGGCCAAGCUUCAGGAGAACGGUUCUUCCGCCGAAGACAUCAAGGCUUUCGAGACCGGUGCUUCAAAAUUCGUCAAGGACACCAUCGUCCCCAAGUUCAAGGACUUCGAGUUCUACACCGGCGAGUCUAUGGACCCCGAUGGAAUGGUUGUCCUCCUCAACUACCGUGAGGACGGUGUUACCCCUUACACCAUUUUCUGGAAGCACGGUCUUAAGGAGACGAAGGUCUAAGUUGGCAAUAAUGCCACGGUGAUGUUUUUGGUUCUGUUCCGUCCUGUCUGUAAUGACAAACAGGCGAGCAGCGAUUUAGAUUACGAGCCACACGAAUCUCGAUUUCGACGCUGGUAUAUCCCUCGAGAUGUAGCGUCGAGACGAAAUAAAAAAAGAAAGAAGUUACGAGUUCCAUCUAU